GCUACCUUUAAGUGCCUCCUGGGCCUGGAAUUCUCUGGCCGAGACCCCCAGGGUCGGCGGGUAAUGGGCCUGACGCCGGGACUCGGUAUGGCCACGGCCGUGGCUACGAGCCCGGAGUCGCUGUGGGAGGUGCCGGAGUCCUGGAGUCUCGAGGAGGCCUCGACGGUGCCCGUGGCUUACGCGACCGUCUACUACGCGCUCAUCGUGAAGGGCGGCAUGCGACCAGGAGAGUCGCUGUUGAUUCACUCCGGCAGCGGAGGCGUGGGACAGGCAGCCAUCGCCAUCGCGCUGUCCAUGGGAUGUACCGUGUUCACUACCGUGGGUUCCCGGGAGAAGCGGGAGUUCCUUCUGCGCCGCUUCCCGCAGCUUCAAGAGAGGAACAUCGCAAACUCUCGCGACUUGUCCUUCGAGGAUCACGUGUUGCGGGAAACCAAAGGCAGAGGUGUGGACCUCGUGCUCAACUCGCUCGCCGGAGAGAAGCUGCAGGCCAGCGUGCGCUGCCUGGCGACCUACGGCCGCUUCCUGGAGAUCGGCAAGUUCGACAUGUCCAAGAACUCGCCGCUCGGAAUGUCGGUGCUUCUCAAGAGCGCCGUCGUGUACGGCAUUCUGUUGGAGUCGCUGUUCGGCGACAGCCCGCUCGCGGCGGAGGACAAGUGUCGCGUAUGGCAAUUGCUCGGCGAAGGCAUCGCGUCGGGUGUGGUUCGACCGCUGGAAACCGCUCGUUUUGCAAGGGACCGGGCUGAGGAGGCAUUCCGCUUCAUGGCCUCGGGAAAGCACAUUGGAAAGGUCGUGCUUGAGAUCCGUCCGGAGGAGAGCCCACGAAAGACUUCACCAGCCUCUCCGCUCACCGUGAAGGUCACUUCUCGGACGUGCUUCUACGAGCACAAGUCCUACGUAAUCACCGGUGGGCUCGGCGGCUGCGGGCUGGAGCUCGCCGACUGGAUGGUGAACCGUGGCUGUCGCAAGCUCUUGCUCACGUCACGGUUCGGUGUGCAGACAGGAUACCAGCGGCUGUGCCUUCGUAGAAUGCGUCGCGCAGGGGCCAAAGUUCUUGUGAGCAAGGACGACGUUUCGACGAUGCAGGGAACCCGGAAUAUCAUCGAAGAGGCCGAGAGACUAGGUCCCGUUGGUGGCAUUUUCAGCCUUGCAGUGGUUCUUUGCGAUGCGAUUCUGGAAAAUCAAACGCCCGAAGCAUUCGACACCGUUUACAAGGCGAAGGGGGACGGCACCAGGCACCUGGACGAAGUGUCCCGCGAGUCGUGCCCCGAGCUGGACCACUUCGUCGCCUUCUCUUCCAUUGCUUCGUGCCAUGGCAACAUUGGCCAGACUGGGUACGGCUACGCCAACGCCGUCGUGGACCGCGUUUGCGAGAGAAGAGCUGCUGAUGGACUCCCCGGACAUUCGUCCUGA